UGGGGAGGGCGGUCGCUUUGCUGCCGGGAUUGGCCGAUCGGCGGGGGCGCGCAGGCGGGAGGCUCUGCCCCCGCGGUGCCGCAAUUCAGCCCCGGCGGGGCGCGGAGCGGCGGCGGGGCUUUGGUCAAGUUGGUGUGCACUCCUCCACAAGGCAAUGGACCAUGCCAGAGCAGCAAUCUCAAACUUGUUUGGUGGCGAGCCGAUGUCGUACACGCGCUUCAGCAUUGCCCGGCAAACAGAUGGAGACAACAGCCAUGUGGAGAUGAAGCUCUCUGCUGAUGAUGAGGAAGGAGGGGAAAUUGGGAGACCAGAGCACCUGCAUGCCACCAUGCCACCUCCACGGAGGAAUGGCAAAAACCUUUGCUUCCUAAUCAUGGCAGCGGUCCUCCUCCUUCUGAUUGGGUUUCUGAUCGGCUACUUGAGCUACCGUGGACGAAUGCAGAACGUUAGCAGGUGUCUGGAUGGAAGUGGCAAGUGUGAGAUGACUCCUACUGCAUCUUACUUAUCGGAUGAUGAUGAAACUGAGGAAGAAGAGGUUCCUGGACCACGUGUCUUGUACUGGCCUGACCUCAGAGCCAUGUUGUCAGAUAAACUGUCAACUGCACAACUUGAGGCGAACCUGAGGCAAAGAGAAGGUAAGACAUCUUUUGAAGCUGGCAAGGUUGAAGAUGAGACCGCUGCCAGCUACAUUCAUGACCAGUUCACCAGCUUCCGCUUGGAUGAGGUGUGGAAUGAUGAGCACUACAUUAAGCUGCAGGAUAAAGGCAGCAGCAACAACCAAGUGUCUACUGAGCAAAAUGGUGUUGAAGAGGUACUGGAGAGUCCCAAUGCAUAUGUGGCAUACAGCAAGACUGGCACAGUUGUUGGCAAACCAGUCCAUGUGAACUAUGGGCUGAAAGAUGAUUUUGAGAAGAUACGAAAUCUGGGUGUUUCAAUGAAUGGAACUAUAGUCAUCUUCAGAGCUGGAAAAAUAACCCUUGCUGAGAAGGUUGCAAAUGCCAGAGAGGAAGGAGCAGUUGGUGCUCUGAUGUACCUGGACCCCUUUGAAUACAAGUACACCGAGAAACUUGUCCCCUUUGCACAUGCCCACCUUGGAACUGGAGACCCUUUCACCCCAGGCUUCCCUUCUUUCAACCACACCCAGUUCCCACCAGUGGAAUCUUCUGGACUACCUCGCAUUCCUGUUCAGACUAUCUCUAGCGAAGCAGCAGGCAAGCUGUUCAGCAAAAUGGAUGGACACACAUGCCUUCUGGAGUGGAAAUCUGGGAUCAUGGGAUGUAAGGUGACGGUGAGCCCCACAAGCAAGAUGACAGUGAAACUGACUGUGAACAACGUUAUGGUGGACAGGAAGAUUCUGAACAUCUUUGGUGCUAUCAAGGGAUUUGAAGAACCAGAUCGGUAUGUUGUGAUCGGAGCCCAGAGAGAUUCCUGGGGCCCAGGAGCAGCCAAGGCUGGCGUUGGCACUGCCAUCUUGUUGGAACUUGCCCGUGUGAUCUCGGACAUAGUGAAAAAGGAUGGCUACAAACCAAGGCGCAGCAUUAUCUUCGCUAGCUGGAGUGCCGGAGAGUUUGGAGCUGUGGGUGCAACUGAGUGGCUGGAGGGGUACUCUACCUCGCUGCAUGCCAAAGCCUUCACUUACAUUAACUUGGACGCUGCAGUCUUAGGCUCCAACCACAUGAAGAUUUCUGCUAGCCCAUUGCUGUACUCGUUGCUGGAGAGAACUAUGAAGGGGGUGAAGGACCCAACAAAGGAUUCGGGAAGCCUGUAUAACAGAGUUGGCUCUGCCUGGAUGGAUAAAGUCGUUUCCCUUGAUCUGGAUAAUGCAGCGUUCCCUUUCCUGGCUUACUCAGGAAUCCCAGUGGUUUCCUUUGGUUUCUGCAAUAAAGAUGAGGAAUAUGCCUUCUUGGGCACUACUGGAGACACCAUGAUGAACCUGAAGAAGAUUGACAAGUUGUAUGCUCUUAUGCGUGCUGCUGCAGAAGUUGCUGGACAAGUAGCUCUCAGGCUGACCCAUGAUCAUGAGCUCUUCUUGGAUUUUGAUAGAUAUAGUGAAGAAUUGCUAUCAUUCCAGGAGAGGUUUUUGUCCUUUGAUGAGGAAGUGAAGGCACUGGGGCUGACCUUGAACUGGCUGUUUUUUGCCCGUGGUGACUUUCAGCGAGCUGCAGAUGCGCUGAGAAGAGACAUUGCAAACAGUGACAAGGAAAACAGGAUUGUCCGCAGAGCCCUGAACGACAGGAUGAUGAAGGUGGAGUAUGACUUCCUCUCCCCGUUCCUCUCACCAAAAGAUGUUCCCUUUCGCCACAUCUUCUUCGGCAAAGGCUCCCACACGCUGCCAAGUCUGCUGGAGAACCUGAAGCAGCUGAGAGACAACAAAGACAGUGUGGAUGUGAACACACUGAAAGAGCAGCUGGCGCUGGUGACCUGGACCAUUAAAGGGGCUGCCAAUGCUUUAGUGGGCGAUAUCUGGAAUACAGACAAUGAAUUCUAGGCACAGCAAACACCUGGUUAAGGUACAGGAUUACCUCUCUAAGGUACAGGAGAGCUGUGUGUGCAGGGGCUUGCUGUGUAGCCUUAGUUCCACCUGUGGCAACACACAAAAACUCCCUGUACCUCAGAUUAGGCAUUGGCACGAUUUUUAAAUGGCAGCUUCCUGCAAAUUUCCAGUACUUUAGGUAUCAUGAAACCUAACUGAAAACCCGUGAAACCCAAACGAAACCCACUCCCUAACAUGGUAUUACCUUUCUGUAGAUUUUCUGGUGACAAAGCUUUUUUGACCAAAGCUGAACACAAAAUUUAAAUCUCACCUUGACAAAUUCACAAGAGGCAGUUUUAAGGCAGGUACUAACAUUACCAUGAAAUCUCCUCUGACCAGGCUCCCAUCUGACCACAGUCCCCACCAGUCAUGUACAGCUGCUUCUAGGGCUUGCUCUCCAGUGUACUUGAGAACCCAGAACUUGGAUUCCUCCUGAACUGGUACCUUGAGUGGGGAGGUAUAUAAUUUAUUUAGGCUUUUAAUUGUUGGCCCCCUAAACCUAGUGACAAAACAGGGAAUGGAUUCCUCUAAACACUUGUGAUGAGGAUCCCUUCUCUGGCAGGGAGCUGUAGAGAGCCUGUAGUUCAAAAAUUAAACAUAGUAAUACCCGCAAGUGCUGGAUUAUCAGCAAGCUCUGAAGUGCCCGGCCUGCCUUUACUCAACAGCAGGGUCCCAAUGACAUCUUGGAGGCUUGCUUCUGCCAAGGCAGUUAUCAAUACCCAGGGAGAAUGACCCAAAGAUUAUCCAAUGUCCCCUUUAUACCCUUAGCUGGCACCUCGGCGAGUCUUGCAUCAUUGAGAAAUGGCUCUAGACUGGCACUUCAGAACUUGCUGCUCAGGGGCCUUGUGUGAAAUCGAGUCUCUUGCUGGCCAAACCCUGUUUGACUUGAUGUCAUUUUGCAAGAUGGCUCUUGUUUGGCACUGAGAUAUUUAUUUCUUUAUUUAUUUAUCAGUGACAGUGUUCACUAUAAAUGUUUUUUUAUAGAAGAUAAUUAUCGGAAGCAGUGCCUUCCAUAAUUAUGACAGUUAUACUGUCGUUUUUGAAUAAAGCAGCAUCUGCUAUUACAAUCAAAACAUGAUACUGGAACUUUGCAUUUAAAAUAAUCAAAACAGGCCCCUCAAAAAGUUAUGGAAAACUAGCAAUUAAGCUUUCUGUGGCAAAAACACCCCUCUGAAAAAAACUUGAAGGUGUAGACCUGGUAGUGAGUCUCCAGGUUGUGCUCCAAAUUAAUCCUUGAAAUGCUGAAAACCUGGGUGGAAAACUCAAAUACUAGAAAUUUGGCUUCUUUGAAGGGUCCGUGCCCCUCCGUGGGCUUUGGACUCCUUGCUGCUCCCCUUUUUGGAUGAUGUGUGCUCUCGUGGGGAGCACAGCUUCCUUCCUGGCCCCAACCCCAGAAGAGGGACUUGCUGUGUAGCCCUAGUUCCACCUGUGGCGACACACAUAAACUCCCUGUACCUCGGAUUGGGCAUUGGCGCGAUUUUUAAAUGGCAGCUUCCUGCAAACUUCCAGUACCUAAUGUAUCAUGAAACCUAACUGACAUUAUCGGGGGCAGUGUCUUCCAUAAUGUGUAAAGAACAAGGUAGUUUUUGCCUACCACAGUGUUAUAUCGGAGGCAGUGACCUCCAUAUGUUGCACUAUGGGUGUACGUAAUUAUCGGGGACAGUGUUUCCCAUAAUUGUUCUAUGCUUAACAUGCAAUGUCAUCUGCGAAGCUUGAUGGUUAGUAUCUAACAUGGAUUAAUCUCCUGCAGUCCAAUUUUUUCACUCUCCUGUGGUGAUGCAGAUACAAACUUCAAUCUGUUAUGUACUUAGACUCUGCUUUCCCUAUAGGCUGAACUGUUUCAAGUAGCUGUGCUGUCUUGAAUUGGCUUCCUGCUUCCAGCUACGGUAGUAGUGCUUGAAUAUUUAGUGGAAACUAGGCUAGUUAGGCUGUGUGCACUAGUAGUGAUGUAGUAGACUUCGUUCAAAUCAGUUACAAACACAUGAGAAAUUAAAGGUGAAUGUAGGGCUUGGGGCUGACAGCUGGGUCGUGGGCUCAGGUCACUGCUCUGGAUGGGUGCACAUAACACUGUCCUGCUGUGGCACUGAGAGAGUGGUGGUAUGCCCACAUGGGAAGCCUACUCUCCAGUUCUCACUGGAAAUUCCAGUCUUGCCCACCUUGGGUGUUGAGUGGAGGGGGGAGAUCAGUGGCACCUUUCUCAUGGUGCUGCUCUGCUUCCCGAUCUGAAGCUGAGCACUGCUGACAUGUGAUACCUGCUAAAUUGUGCUGCCUGUUUCCCAAACAGCCCUGGCUGGCUGUCGCCAGCCCUGUACUCUGCAGUUUGAUCUCACAUUUAACCCUAAGUUGCAGUUUAGUUUUAACCUAAACUGCACAUUGAUAUGGAUUUAAACCUAACCUGAGUGAGUGACCUGAGCCCCAACAGUAGUCCUUGAGGGAAAGAACAUUUUUCAGGAAUGGGCAAGGACAGGCCCCCAGCCAAGUUACUGAACUCAGUGCUCACCAGUUUGGAGGGCUGGAUUUUCAUCAAUCUCUAGAACCCUGAUGCCCAGACUUGUGCAGUUUGUUGCUCUUCCCUGAGUUCUCUUAACUCAACACUUUAACUCUUCUUACAGCCCUGUCUGUGUUAGUGUUUCCUAGUGACACUUCUCUGGAUGGCAUAUAAGAGCUGCUGUCUAGGAGUCCUCACUGUAGUGUUUGCAUGCAUCUUGAUGUCAGACUUAAUCUUGUGCUUUAUAGCCAGCAGAGAGAGACAAAAGACAAAGCCUGUCUCCGCAGCACAACAGUGACUACAGGGAUGUGGGGAUAUCUUGCUCAGUGCUGGCAUCUGACUGCUGUGGGAUACUUACCUGUUAUUUGCUUCAAUAAAUAUUUUGCAUCUUGAA